ACCCCAAUUACUAAGCUUUAUACGAACUUAGCUUCCAUAAUAAUAACGGUGACAUUAGUCAAUACUCAAUACCAUGUUACUCAAUUCUUCUUCCUCCAUUAUUUCAAAUGUUCAUCUUGCCAAACAUAACGAACCAGUGGAACCUCUUAUUAGUAAUCAUAGAAUUAUUAACAGUUCUCGGAUCCGUUGCGUGGCAACAACCACAGCCGUUGUUCCUCCAAGAAAAUCAGCAAAUUACCAGCCUAACCUCUGGACUUUCGACUUUUUACAGUCCUUAAAGCAUCAUUAUUCGGAUUCGAUAUACGAGGAUUUAAAUGGGAAUCUAAAAGAGAAAGUUAGGAGAAUGAUAAAGCAGAAGGAAGAUAAUGGAGAGAUAUGGCAUAAGCUGGAUCUAGUUAAUGAUGUGAAGAGGUUGGGUCUGAGUUACCACUUUGAGAAGGAAAUAGAAGAAACACUUGAUAGGUUUGUGUCUAGUAGUGGCAAAUUUGUGAAUACGAAUAACCUGCACGAAACCGCUUUAAGCUUCAGGCUCCUAAGAGAAUAUGGCUAUGAUGUCUCACCAGAUGUGUUUGAGAAGUUCAAGGACAAGAAGAAUAACUUCAAGAAAAGCCUUACCAAAGACGUGAAAGGGAUGCUGAGUCUAUACGAGGCAUCAUUUCUUGGUUAUGAAGGAGAAACAAUCUUGGAUGAGGCAAAAUCAUUCACAACCUUCCAUCUCAAGAACUUAAUCAUCAAUGAUGAGAAUAAUGUCCUCUUAGAACAAGUGAAGCAUGCAUUGGAACUUCCAUUGCAUCAUAGAAUCCAAAGACUUGAAGCCAGAUGGUACAUUGAGGCUUAUGAAAAAAGAAGAGACGCAAAUAGGAUAUUACUUGAAGCAGCUAAAUUAGAUUUUAACGUUGUUCAAUCAACACUUCAAAAAGACCUUCAAGAAAUCUCAAGAUGGUGGAAGCAAGUGGGAGUAGCCUCAAAGUUAAGCUUCAGCAGAGACAGGUUAAUGGAGUGUUUCUUUUGGACUGUUGGAAUGGCCUUUGAGCCUCAUUUCAGUGAUCUCCGUAAAGGGUUAACCAAAGUCACUUCCUUCAUUACAAUAAUCGAUGAUGUCUAUGAUGUUUAUGGGACCUUGGAUGAGCUUGAGCUUUUCACCGCAGCUGUAGAAAGUUGGGACAUUAAAGCAGUUCAAGUUCUACCAGAUUACAUGAGGAUUUGCUUUCUAGCACUCUACAACACUGUUAACGAAUUGGCCUAUGAUGUUCUUUACAAGCAAGGACUUGACAUCCUUCCCUACCUCACCAGAACAUGGUCAGAUAUGUUGAAAGCAUUCCUAAUAGAAGCCAAGUGGUGCAAGGAGAAAAAUAUACCAAAAUUUGAGGAGUACCUCAAUAAUGCUUGGGUGUCAGUGUCUGGUGUUGUUAUAUUAACGCAUGCCUAUUUCUUAUUGAAUCACAACAUCACUAAAGAAGCACUUGAUUCCUUGCAUAAUUAUCAUGACCUAUUGCGUGGACCAUCUACUAUUUUUCGACUUUGCAAUGAUUUGGGAACCUCUAAGGCUGAGCUACAAAGAGGUGAAGCAGCAAGCUCUAUUAUAUGCUACAUGAGGGAAAAUGGUGCAAGUGAGAAAUGUGCACACAAAUACAUAAACAAUGUUCUAGAUGAGACAUGGAAGAAAAUGAACAAAGAUAGAGUCAUCAAUUCUCCAUUCUCUAAAUCUUUCAUUGAAACAGCAAUGAACCUUGGUAGGAUUUCUCAGUGCACGUAUCAAUAUGGAGAUGCCCAUGGAGCACCUGAUGCAUCAGCAAAGAAUCGAAUUCGUUCUUUGAUAAUUGAACCUGUUUCUCUAUGAUGAAUUAUGAUAAUAUAUUUUGUAAUUUUUUUUGUUUAUAAAAAAUUCAUAUGAGUUUGUCAUCGCUCAUUAAUCAAUUCAGAAAAAAGCAUCAUAUCUAAA